CCAACACCACUUCUUGCACAGUCACAUUUGCUUGUUUAGGUGCUGAGAAUGUCAGUGACAUUCAUAUUCACACUUUCUGUUGCCAUACUAUCUGCUGCUUCAGCCUUUGCAGCAGUUCAACACAGGUCACCAGAAGUCUACUUGCAGAAUGGUAACUUUGAGGAGAAACCAGACCCCAGAUACCUCAAGAAAACUAGACUCAUUGGGAAAUAUGCUCUUCCAAAAUGGGAGAUCAAUGGUCAUGUUGAGUAUGUGUCAGGAGGGCCACAACCUGGAGGCGUGUAUUUCCCAGUUAGUGAUGGAGUGCAUGCUGUGAGGCUUGGAAAUGAGGCUUCAAUCUCACAAACUGUGAGGGUUAAGCCUGGGAAAUGGUAUGCUGUAAUUGUACGAGCAUCAAGGACUUGUGCUCAAGAUGAGAUGUUAAGGAUCUCAGUGCCUCCACACUCUGGAGAUGUUCCUUUGCAGACCCUUUAUAGCCUCAAUGGUGAUGUUAUUGCUUGGGGAUUCAGGGCCAUUUCUUCUGUUACAAAAGUGAUUUUCCAUAACCCUGGAAUUCAAGAAGAUCCUUCAUGUGGUCCACUGUUGGAUGCUGUUGCUAUUGCUCGGUUCAACCCUCCAAAGCCUACAAGAGAUAAUUUGGUUAAAAAUGGUGGCUUUGAGGAGGGUCCAUUCCCUAUUUUCAACUCUUCAAACGGUGUUCUGCUACCUCCCAAACAAGAAGAUCUUGUGUCUCCACUACCUGGUUGGAUGAUUGAAUCCAUCAAAGCCGUGAAGUUCAUAGACUCAAAGCAUUUCAGUGUCCCACUUGGACAUGGAGCAAUAGAGCUUAUCGCAGGCAGGGAAAGUGUCAUUGCCCAAAUUCUCAGAACAGAUCCCAACAAAGUCUACAACAUGAAGUUCGCAGUUGGAGACGCCAAAAAUGCUUGUCAUGGAUCGAUGAUGGUUGAAGCAUUUGCAGCAAAAGAUACCCUCAAAGUUCCCUUCAAAUCGGAAGGAAAAGGAAAAUUCAAGACUGUGAGCUUCAAGUUCAGAGCAAUUGAAAACAGAACCAGAAUAACAUUCUACAGCUCUUUCUACCAUACAAGAAUUCACGACUAUGGAUCUCUUUGUGGCCCUGUUAUUGAUCAAGUUAUAGUGUCUCCUGUUGCCUAA